AUGUCGCCCGUCGCCGCUAAAAGCUUGCGACUUCGCUUCUUCGCCGCCGCUCACUAUGCUGCCACUACAUUGCUGAUCCGGACCUUUAAGAACGAGAGCUUUGUUAAGAUCGGGCCGUGGGGACACUCGAGUGGGGUAACCUUUGAUGAAAUAGGCUUAGGUAAUGUGAAGCAGAUCGUCAUCUGUUAUGACGCAGAUGGCAUCAACUUUAUCCAAAUGGCCUACAAGCUAAAUGGAACAGUAAGCCUCGGAGGAAGGCAUGGUGGUACUGUCUCUGUUGGGCACACCUUUGAUUCUAUUACUUUUGCGCCAGAUGAGUACCUUUCAUCCAUUAAUGGAAGCUACGGAGUGUUCAACCAACAUUGCAAGGCGGCGAUAAAGUCACUUGAGUUCACUACCAACAAGAUGACCUAUGGCCCGUUCGGCUGCAAACAAGCGUUGCCUUUCUUCUUCAACUUCGACUUUGCCAACAAUCUUUGUGGCUUUCAUGGUCGAUAUUCCGGCAACCACCUUGUCGCCAUUGGCGUCUACGUCAAGAUCUUGAGCGCGAGGCCCAAAUUGGAGUUUAAUGCAAUUAAUCAUUUAACUCUUCAUUAA